AUGGAUAAUUUUGACGAUCCCGGCGACGACACCAAGAGCAUCAAAGGAGUUGACCUAGACACCGCAAGGGCUGCAAACAGGGCAUUCGGACGCCCCGCAUCUCCUUUGCAGCCCUCGAAAUGUUUGUGCAAUCCCAAGCCUACCUCUUCCUUUGCCUCAUUAGGCCCGACAGCGCCUGCUUCCUUGGGCGUCGAGCGCAUCGGUGGGCUGGGCCUGGCUGAGCCUACCUCUGUCGGUGAAACUGGCAUAGUUACCGUUCCCAAUGCCCCCUGCUGCUCUGCUGGACCUAUUGUACGACGGUUAGAGGCUUGCGGUGAAAGGUCAGAUGGCGAAUUUGCCGUUUAUGCAACUCGGGAGCUGGCCUGCCCGCAAGAUCACCUUUACAUGACCGUCAAACCUCACAUGGCUUUACAUCAGGUCGGUCAAAAUUUUAAUGUGCGAUUACGUUAA